UAUUGCGCAUUUUAAUUUUAAAAUGUGUUUCGUGAGAAUGUCGCCCGCUAGCGCACAGCUCCGUCGAGCACGAAGAGCAGGAAGGCUGUAAAGAAUAUUUUGAAAUUUGAAGUUUGAACAUCGAGCCGCCUACUCACUCGUAGGCGUCCGGGCCGUCUCUGGAUCUCGCGUAGAGUAGUCCGAGGCUCGUCUUGAAGGCGCGGGACGUCCCAACGUCCCGCGCGUUCAAGAAUCGGAGCUGCGAGGUGUACCCGGAUCGAGGUCAGGGAUCGUAGUCGGUGAAAUUGCAAGUCGAAUCUCAGACAUACGGCAAAUGCGUCGUAGCGUUAUUACGCUCUUCGUGCGUCGCUUUUGACAGUGAAUAGUUUUUUUGUGCCGAGCUCUGUCGUUGUCAAAAGCAAGUGUUGUCAAUGUCGGCGACGAUGCAGCGUUCAAGGCGAAGCUUGAUAUCUACGGACAUCGGAUGAUGAUGAUGCCAGGCGUCAAAUUGGGUAACGAAUCAUCUUUACGGCAUACGUUUUCCAGCAAUUACUCCGCCGUACCAAUCAAAUUUUUUGAUGAGAAAUCGACUUGGCACAGGCCAGCCCUUGCAGAACGAAAAAUGCAUAAUUACAAGCGGCGCAGUCGCAGCUUCUUUAUUAAACAAAAGGAUCCACCUUCGAGAAGCGGCCGAUAGUCCUUACGGUUGUGUAUCAUACACCUUUAUUUGUGUGGUUGAAGUUGCUUAAAUUCACAAUCGACUCCGAUCCUGACUUUGGUCUCCAAUGGUGAAUGAUUGAUACAUCUACAAACGAACUGUUGAGACUGAUGUCGUACGUCAUACCUGAAGUGAAACUUCUUUACUCCUCUCUACCUUUUUCUUAGCCUUUGAAUUAUCUGCUCUAAAGCGGAAUGACGCAGCCCGUAGGCUCUGUGCUGGCGUCUAUUUACGGGCUACAAUUGGAGACUUUGGCGUUGAGCUUCUAUACCGUGCUUUUGAACCUGAAAUAGCUGACGGAUCAGUUAGCAAGACAGACGAGGGGAGAGCCGUUACGCUAUCCAUGCGAUACAACAAACAGAUUCCUCUUUAAUUGAGUCCUUCUUUCACGACCAAAGGAAUUUGCCCGAUACAUUACAAUAGCCCACGUGCUUGCGCCUAUAGUAGACAUGCGUGGUCGUCGUCUUCAAUGUUUGGAGGCAGUAUAAGCCUUCCCACAUAAAAGCGUCCUCCUUUCCAAGUUAGAAUGUCCCGAGCACAUGUCUUUGUAAAAGGUUUUUCUACUCCAAGUAUUAUGAAGAUUUAGUUCAUAUUAUGAAGCCUGCCUCACCCGUCCCAUGUACAGUCUUCUACCCACCCAGAAACUUUGUUGUGAGGGAUUUGUCCCAAAGUUUUAUUGGCCAUCCUACAGCUGACUGUGCUAUAACAUUUUACUAUCUCUUGAUCGUAACAGUGGGAAUUCUCUUUCAUUUUUUACUAUAUAGGUAACUCUUGUUACCAUAGUAAGCAUCGUUCCUCCGGUGUUGGGAGUCAGGUUCUUUUCAUGAGUUUCGUCUAGAAACGAGAUAGGGGUUCAAAAGGAAAUCUAACUGAUUGUCUACGUGCUGGGACAAGAGCCGUUCCUAUGUUGGAUCGAUUUCCUGCCACAUUGUUUCUGAACACGGAUGUCCGAGCUGGUCGCAGCCUUGUAUAUCAGAGUGACCGUGAAUUUCAAUGUGAAGAAUAACUUAACUUACAGGUGUACUUAUCAGUGUUAUAUCCUACAGAUAUUUCCAUGCGUUGCUUCUCAUGCUAAGUUAAUGCUGAUGCUAAGGUACUCACUACACGUACAAGCGUGUUGAUUUGAGGGUACACGAGUCUUUUCUCAGCAUGGAUAUUGUCAGG